AUGGAUUUCAUUGACUAUAUGGAUUUUGAAGAAGAAUCCAAUGAACAACAAAACAGUGCUGAAGAAAUGUUACUUCUAAUGAGACAGCAGCGAUAUGGAAGAACAGAUAUCUCUUUGAUGGAUAUUUUACACAAUAACACACAAACAAUAUCCACCAACUUGAACCAAUACAAAGAAAGAAUAAUCAACAAUGACCAACAACAAUAUGAAGACAACGAUGACAUUGAUGAUUUGGAUGAAGAUGGUGAUGUGUUAAUGGCAGAGGCUAAUACUUAUCAACAAUGGAGAAUCAUUGAAGAGAAGUAUUGGGAUAAAUAUAUAGAUAUUUGUAAGGAUGGAUUUAAAUCAGAAUCCUAUGACAAACAAAACUCUGUGGAAAAAGCAAUCCUUUUUAGUGCCAUCCAACAUUUGGGAAGAGUUGCAAGACAUAAGGUUUUCAAUGCCAUGAAACCUGGAAAAGCAAGAAUUAGAAAAGAUAUAUUCAUUGGAGCAAUGGAACCAAGAUUGUUUGAUUAUUUUAUGAAAGAAGCUGGUGGUGAGAGAUCUUUCAGGAGAUACACAAAAACACAAGAGGAUGGAUCAAAAUUGCUGCAAGGUUGUGUUGUAUAUUCAUUUGAAGGUGAGAAAUAUCCAUAUUUCGGAAUCAGUGAUAAUUGGCGAAUUAAGUAUCAUUAUGAGGUAGAAGAUGAUGUUCAAUUAAUUGUUAGAAAAAGAGUAUCUACAAUGACUAGCUGUAAAGUUAAAUGCAAUGUUGUUUCGUGGGAGGUUAGAAUGGAUUUAACUUGGAAACGAGAGGUAAUGGAUGUUAUUAACUAUGAUCAAGAAAAUGAACAGUAUGGAGAGCCAGAACUCUGUGAUUAA